GUGGAUCGCCCAGACCUGUUCCCUUCGUUGAUGUUUUGUCCUACAUAACAGCACGCCCUGAUUCACCAGACGGUGGUGAUGGAUCUGCCGUGACUGAGGGCGAGGAAGGCUCAACGCUUGGCGAAGACAGUAAAUCUGAUAAAGGAGGGGUUCCCCCGUUGCCAACUGCCCCGCCCGUUCCGCCACCUGUGUCUGAGGCUGCCGGUGUACCCGUGGCGGAGGCGGCGAUUACCCAAACUCCAGGCAGCGAGCAGGUGCCGGAGGAGCCGGAAUCAGGAGAUGAAGAACGACCUACAACUCCAUCAGAAGGGUCAGCCCGUUCAGAUCUGCGGAGCGAAUCUCCGAGCCCGCCGCCCAGUAUACGGCCCGGCCGUAUUUCUUUCGCUGACUUGUUUUUCGACUUCCCGUCACCCUUGGAGUCAGCAGAAGGUGGUGAUGGAUCUGCCGCGACUGUGGCGGAGGGAGGUUUAGCAUUUGGCGCUGGCAGUACAUCUGAUGGUGGCGAAGUUCCCCCGUUGCCAACUCCCGCUGCAGUUCCGCCACCUGUGUCUGAGGCUGCCGGUGCAGCCGGGGAGGAGGCGGCGUUUACCCAAACGCCAGGCAGCGAGCAGCCGACGGAGGAAUCGGAAUCAGCGGAUGAGGGUAAGAAGAUGUGA